CUUGGCUGCGCUCCACCUGCACGCGCCCGCUCUCUGCUCCACGCCUGCACUUCGUCUCCAUGGCACAUUGACCCACGUCGGCACCCCUCACAAGCUACGGCAACAAGCAGCAAGAGCCAUGCCCAUCCCGCCCGCGCCGCCCAACAACCUGCCCCUCGCCUCGUCGCUGCCGCGCAUCUCCUUUCGCCGCGUCGUCUCGCCCUCCGCCUCGGCUCACGCUCUCGCCGCCUCCUCUGGCGACGCAGGCGCAGCGCCUGGCCAUGCCGUCGCCGGGCCCAGCAGCGUGCCCGACGGCGCCUCGCUUCCUCUCGCCAGCAGCGGCGGCGGCGGCGGCGGCGGCAAGUGGGCGCUCCCAGGGCCCGAGCCCCUCUUUCUCGCCUUUGGCUUCGUCGACCCCCACGCGCCGCACGAGUGGCCCGCGGCGUAUGUGCGCCACCGCGAGAUGGGCGAGCAGGAACGCAUGCGCGAGUGCGAGUAUGACAUGGAUGAACAGGACAAGGAGUGGCUGGAUGCGCUCAACGCCGAGCGGCGCGCGCAGCAGCUCGACGUCGUGGCGUACGAGACGUUUGAGAUUCUCAUCGACCGCCUCGAGAAGGAGUGGUUCGCCCUCGUGAAGCGCAUCCCCGUGCGUGCGCCGCCACCUGUCGUCGGCGAAGACGGCGAGGCGCGCGCCGAGAAUGAGGACGUAGAGUGCGCCAUCUGCGACGACGGCGAGUGCGAAAACUCAAAUGCAAUCGUCUUUUGCGACGGCUGCAAUCUGGCGGUGCACCAGGACUGCUACGGCAUUCCCUACAUUCCCGAGGGCCAGUGGCUCUGCCGCAAAUGCACCGUCUCGCCCGACCGCGCCGUCUGCUGCGUGCUCUGUCCGCACGAGGGCGGCGCCUUCAAGCAGACGACGCAGGGGCGCUGGGCCCACCUGCUCUGCGCCAUGUGGAUCCCGGAGACGGGAGUCAGCAAUGCCGUGUACAUGGAGCCCAUCGACAGCGUGGAACGCAUCCCCAAGGCGCGCUGGAAGCUGCAAUGCUACCUGUGCAACCAGCGCACCGGCGCAUGCAUCCAGUGCGACCAAAAGACGUGCUUCACCGCCUUUCACGUCACCUGUGCCCGCAAGGCGGGCCUCUUGCUCAAGACGACGCGGCAGCGCGCCGUGCAUCACGAGGAGUCGGACGACGAAGAGGCGGGCGGAGAGACACUCAAGGCCUGCUGUCACAAACACAUGCCCAAGGACAACCGCAGCAGCGGCGCUGCCACGCGUCGCAGGCGCAGCAAGCAGCGCCAAGAGGGCAGCGAGAGCAGUGCGGAAGAGAGUGGCGCGUCGCCGCAUGCGCCCGUCGUGCGCGUCCAUGGCGCCGCCGCGCCGCGCAGUCGCAUCAAGCUAGUGCGCCGCAGCGGCAGUACGGGCACCUCUCGCGUGCUGCUCAAGUCCUCGAGCAGCAGCAGUGGGCAAAAGUCGGCGCGCGCCUACAAGUCGACGUACGUGGCCGGGCCUCCCUUAGUGCCGUGGCUCAUCAUCACCAAAGUGCUCGACUACAUUGCGCGCCUCCCCGUGCGCAAAAAGCCCGAGCUGGCGCUGCGCGUGGCGCGCUUCUGGAGCCUGAAGCGCGAGGCGCGCCGCGGCGCGCCGCUGCUCAAACGCCUGCAUCUCGAGCCGUGGACGGCGAGUAAGGAGGGAAAGGAACAGACGGACACGCAGAGGAUUCGCAAGCUCGAGUUCCUCUUCCGCCUGCGCGAAGACCUCGAGAAGAUUCGCAUGCUGGCCGAGCUGGUGCGCAAGCGCGAAAAGGAAAAGCUGCGCCAGGUGCAGCUGCUGCGCGACGUGCUUGUGCGCGGCGUGCUGCUGCCGUACCACGCCGAGCUGCGGCGCGCCCUCGACAAGGUCUCCUCCCUCGAUCGCGCCGGUCUCUUUCUGCAUCCAGUCGCACGCAGCGAGGUGCCCGACUACUACGACAUCGUCACGUCGCCCAUGACGUGGAGCGGCAUGGCGGAGAAGCUCGAGGCGCAGCAGUACGGCGAUGCCGCGGCGUUUCGCGCCGACAUUGAGCUGGUGCUGCGCAACGCCAUGCUGUACAACAAGCCCGACACGGCCUUCCACCGCUCGGCACAGCGCAUCCUCAAGGGCUGCGCGGGCGUGUUUGAGACGCUCGAGGCGCUCGAGAAAGUGCAUGGCCCAGACCAGGCGGGACAGGAACAGCUAGGCCUCGAGCCGGAAGAGGCAAUUCUGCGCCUGCUGUGCGACUACGAGGAGCAGACGCAGGACUUGAGCGACAGCAACGACGCAGAGGCAGCGCCAAAGAGCGCCAUUGAGGAUCUCGUGCGUCACUUCUACUCCGUCGAGGCGCCCGCUGCGCCGGCGCCGGCAGCGCGGGCACCAACGCCGCCGCCGCGCGUCAAGCUCUCGCUGCAGCGCUCGUCGCGCUCCGCGCGCACAGACGAGGGCAGCACUGCACCGGCCCAAGCCUCGUCUGCACAGUCUCCCGCUCCCACGCGGCGCGGCCGCAGCGGCGCCGCGCCGGCCGAGGAUGCGGCCGUCGAGGAGCUGGAGCGCGCGCCGCGCAGCGAGCAAGACAAGGCCGCGGCGCGGCUUGCACGCGCAAAGACGGAGGAGGAAAAGGAGGAGACGCGCCGGCGCAAGCAACGCAGUGCCCUGGCGGCCUCGCAGGCUUCGGCGGCGGCCCGGCAGCGACGCAAGCGCGAGGCAGAGGAGGCGGCGGCGGCGCGCAGCGCAAAGAAGCAACGUGCCUCCGCCUCGCCGCAGCUGCAUGGCGGCAGCAAGCGCGACGCGGCGGCAGCGGCGCCUGAUGCCUCUUCGCAGGCCAGCGUCCGCAGAGGCCGCUCGGCCCACCGCGCAGAGUCCGAGUCCUCCUCGUCGUCGGCGGAGGCGACAUCCACCACGCCCGAGGCGGAGCGGGCGCUGCGGCAACGACGCAGUGGCGCGGCGCCCGAGCCGCGCGAGCUCGAGGUGCAGCAAGUCGACAGCUGGGACUCGUUCAAGCGCUUCAACGUCGGCUGGGUGCUGCCCGAGGGCUCGUCGCGCCGCGGCAAUCGAGCCGCGGCGGCGCCAAGUGCUGCCUCCUCUGCGCACGACGCGCAGUCGGCGCGCAAGAGAAGCGCCAGUGCCACGACUGCGCCUCGGAGCGGCGAGCGUGCCGCCUCGUCCGAGCUCUCGGAAGAGGACGCGGCGGCGCCUGCUGCUGGCAGCAGCAGCAGCAGCAGCAACGCGCCGCCUUCACACCGCACCGCCAGCGCAGCGACGGCGUCUGCCACGACGGCGGCGGCGGCGCCGGUGCGCAUCCGCAAGCGCGGCAGCCACGGACAGUUCAUCAGCAAGCACGACGACCCCAGCAAGCCGCGCGCGCCACGCGGCGAGCCCGGCAAGUCGCCGGCGGCCGUGCGCCGUGCCAGGCCGAGCGGCGGCAGCGAGGCGCGCAGCAAUGAGGCGUCGUCGAGCAACAGGCGCAGUCUCAAGCCCAGCCUCCUCUCGUCGCCCCUCACGUCGGACGACGAGGACGAGUCGUCGUCGGCGCGUCGCACGUUUGUGCUGGGCGCUUCGGACGACGAGGAGCUCACGGAGCCGGAUACGCCGCUGCUGCAUGGCCAUGGCGACGACGAGGAGGCGCCUCCAGACGCAGCCGAGCGCGCCGCACAAGGCCGCGCGCGCCGCAAUGCGCAGCGCCGCGAGAAGCAUCGCCUCAAACGCAUGGCGGAGAGGCGGGCGCUGCAGGAGCAGAAGGAACGCGGGCGCGCAAAGCGACGUGCGCGAGAGGAAGAGGAGGAUGGCUCGGGCGCGGCGAAGAGAAGAAAGAGCGAAGUGCAGCUGGACGACGACGACGAGUACGCGCCGGCGACGCUCGUGUGGGCCAAAGUCAGCGGACAUCCCUUCUUUCCCGCCGAGGUCAUCGAUGCACAAGCCGACGAUGUGCCAGACGACGUGCUGGAGAUGCGCGAGCUCGACGUCUCGGCCGCCACGGCUGCGGCGCCGCUGCGGCUGGUGCGCUUCUUUGACGGCACGCAGAGCUACGCCUGGGUGCCGACGACGUCGCUGCGCAUGCUGCUUGAGGAUGAGGCGCUCGACGGCAAGAUGCUGCGCAGCUCUAGCCAUCGCACAAAUCAUCAACGCGCCUCGGUGCGUGCGGCGUAUGCACGGGCAAAGACGAUGCUGGAUGCUUGAGGGCGGGC